CCCACCACACCUGCUAAGAUUGCGUUUCCUCUCUUCUUUUUGAUUUUCUGAGACCCAUGCUUCCUAUGCGCUGAAGAUACCUCUCCAUUUAAUAAUGUCGAUUUGAUUUCUAGUAUGGCGUCUAGCGACCGAAAAGUUUCCGCCCCCUUGAGUCGCUCUAUUAGAGGUACCACACCGGCGCGUCUCCAAGACCUUGCAUCCACUCCCGAGUCUCCUCGAACGCCCAUCCGGGCCACAUCGUCCCUUUUCGGCUCUCCUGGGGGUGGCUUCCGGACCGAAGACGAAUAUCUGGUCCUCGAACUCGGAUCUCGAUUUGUACGCGGAGGAUUCCCUGGCGAAAGCGCUCCGCGGUGCACACUUCCCUUCGGCCCUGAUCAGCAACGAAGAGUCGGAGACUACAGGCAAUGGGACCCCGAGUCUACACACAGGAGGAAGAAGCGGCGGCGAGACCAAGACUGGGGUCAGGACCACGAGCUUUAUCGGUUAGAUUUGACCGAGGUAGAUCUGGGCCUUGUCGAGGACAAAUUCGAGCGGGCAAUGAGGGAGGCAUACAACAAAUACUUCUUGCUAGACCCAAAGCCAAGGCGUAUAUUGCUGGCGCUGCCGCCGCGGACACCCCACCCCUUGAUGUCCACUGUCCUAGAAGUGCUAUUUGGGAACUUCCAGGCUCCGAGCAUAAUGCUGAUGUCUUCUCCUAUUCUGUCCACCGUCGCUGCAGGUCUGCGGUCAGCGCUGGUAGUGGAUAUUGGGUGGGCCGAGACGACUGUCACCGGUGUAUGCGAGUAUCGCGAGGUCCACGAGCAGAGAUCUAUUCGGGCCGGAAAGCUGCUAAGCGAAGACAUGGCGAAGCUGCUGAAUGCUCAAUUCAAUGAAAACGUGGAAGAAGGCUCCCCGAAAGUUGGUGUGUCUUUUGAAGAAGCAGAGGAGGUCCUUACGCGAGUCGGUUGGUGUAAAUCGCGCCCUCGAUCUGACCGCAAAACUCUGUAUUUUCCCGCCCGUACCUCUCCCGUGCUUGAGGAAUUCGAGGACGCAGUCGAAUUACCAGAACCUACUAUUACCAUACCAUUUACACAUUCAAUGCCGCCAACUGAGCUUACCGUUCCGUUUGCGUCCCUUGCGAAGCCGACCGAGAGCGCCCUAUUUGCUCCAGAUACACCAUUAAAUGAACUCGACGAUCAUGAGCUUCCCUUGCAUCAUCUUAUCUACCGCGCCCUUCUCUCCCUUCCAAUGGACGUUCGCCGCCUAUGCAUGUCCCGUAUCAUCAUUACAGGCGGAGUUUCUAAUCUCCCAGGCCUCAAAACCCGCAUCCUCUCGGAGCUAGAAGCUCUAGUCCAACAACGCGGCUGGGACCCCGUCCGCUCAUACGGAUCAGCAAGCGCAAGACAUGAGCAGAUACUUCGUAAACAAAAGGAGAAUCUUGAACUUCAAAGAGAAGAAGCAGACGACAAGGUCUCGGAAUCCCUGGAUCCUGACACGCCAUCCGCGCCUCUCUCCCCUGGCUUGCAGGAUCCAGAAGUCGACCCAAUCGAUACGAAACUCGCUCAUCUAGCAUUGACGGGUGGCCCGCCUUCCACCUGUUGCGUGGGCGGGACAAUUCGCGGUGUCGAGACUUUGGGUGCUUGGGCUGGCGCAAGCCUAGUGGCACAGCUGAGAAUAAAAGGUAUAGUUGAGAUAGAGAGGGAAAGGUUUCUGCAGCAUGGACUGUUAGGAGCUAGUCGGGAGAAGGAGGUUUCAGUUGUUCCACAACGACAGAGUAUGGGUCCUGGCGUUGGAAGAGGAGCCGGUGAAAGAGCUAGCUGGACAUUGGGUGUGUGGGCAUAGUUGGUCUGGGAGUAGUGUCUAAAGUCGUGUGAUGUGAUCAAGGCCUGCGGUUUUGAUAAUAUCUGAGGCCGUACCGCCCUUCCAACCUAGUUAUUUAGAUUAGGCCCUUGUCCUUGGAAACCCAGCGUCGUCUUCCAAACUUUACAUCCACUCUUUCCUACAAGCCACCCACCCGUGUUGAAACCGCGGAAUUCCGAAAGAUAGGAGAUCUCCCAGGGCGUAGGUUGCCAAUGGGAGAGUUAGCGAUCGGGAUAGGGGGUGUAUUCGGAUGUCUAUGUCGUGGAAGGGGGAUUUGAGGAGUCAAAGUUGACAUCUUGCCCGUCAGGAAGUAAUCCAAGCAGUGCUUGAAUUGUGAGUACACCAUUUUGCG